AUGGGGACCACUUCAGGACCACAGUUCCUAUCGGAGGAUGGAUUACCGUACGGUAUGCCAAGUGGAGCAAGCCUCGCGCUGCACCCUAGCACCCCCUUCGGUAAUCCUCCAGUGCUUCAGACCACGGUCGAAGCGGAGCUUCUAGCUCAAAUGACCUCCCUUUGGAGGGAGAUGGCUAAACUCGAAGAACAUAACAAUCUCCUCUCGUCCAAAGUAAACGAAACCCAGCAGUUGCUUAACCAGCAGGAAACACAGAGCAUUCAGGCUACCGAGUGUUCCCAGAGUCAGCAGACCCCCGGUCGGCAGAAGAAGGGAAAGCAGGGGGCAAAGGCAGCGCCUGCGCCUUCCAAACAGUUGGUGGUCCCGGCUCCACAGGACCAACCUCACGUACCGAAGAAGGUGUACACCGAUUGUCGUCAUCGGCUCAACGACAAGAAGGAUGCCGAACGGCAUAGGUCCCCAAUCAGGGUUAAUGCUCGCCUGCGGGACUACCGGAUGAAGGCCCUGGGAGAUAAAUCGCCCCUUAGGAAGGUCCAGGGUUUGGGUUCGGGGUUGGAAUCUGACGAUGAGUACGUCCCCACAAAGGGCACCGAAUCAAACUACCGUUCGGAAACUCCCCCGGGGUAUUCGAAGGCAAGACCACCAAGUCCGAGGAGAACUUCCGAGGACUUCAGUUCCGAGGAUGUCCCAAGCUGA